AUGGUGCUUGUCUGUGUCUCUGCAGGCGUGGCAGUGAUGUGUAUGCAGAGUCCUCCGGUCAACAGCCUUAAUUUAGAGCUUCUCACCGAUAUCUGCAUCGCUCUGGAGAAGCUGGAGAUGGAUAAGAGCUGCAGAGGCCUCAUCAUCACCUCAAACCAGCCCAAGGUUUUCUCAGCCGGGCUGGACAUCUUGGAGAUGUAUGGGAAGAGUCCGGAGCACUGCGGGGAGUUCUGGAAAGCUGUACAAGAGAUGUGGCUGAAAUUCUAUGGCUCUAACCUGGUCACUAUAGCAGCAAUCAAUGGUUCCAGUCCUGCAGGAGGCUGUCUGAUGGCUAUGACGUGUGAUUAUAGAAUAAUGGCAGAUAACCCUCGUUACAGCAUCGGGCUCAAUGAGACACAGCUCGGCAUUGUAGCACCUUUUUGGUUUAAGGACACUUUGAUGAACACAGUGGGCCAUCGGACCACAGAGAUGGCCCUAGAGUUGGGGCUGCUCUACAGCCCUGCAGAGGCCCUGAAGAUAGGAAUGGUGGACCAGCUGGUGCCUGAAGACCAGGUCCUCACUACAGCCACAGAGGCCAUGACUAAGUGGUUGGCCAUCCCAGACCACGCCAGACAGAUCACAAAGUCCAUGAUAAGGAAGCCGACCAUCGACAAGCUGAUGUCCAACAGAGAGGACGAUGUCAAGAACUUUGUCAAGUUCAUCAGCAAAGACUCUAUUCAGAAGUCGCUGGGAGUGUAUCUGGAGAUGCUUAAAAAGAGGAAGGCUUAG